AUGGGGACCACUGCAGCCUAUCUUGGCCUUGUGCUCUAUGCUAUGCUUAACAGAUCGGGUGACCUAGGCACGGAUGAAGAAUAUCGUAAUUUUUCUAUCAAAGUGUUGGAUGAUUCGAACAAGGGGGUCACUGGAAAAGGCCGUACCUUGGAUGAAGUGAACAAAGUAUUGGAUGAUUCGAGUAAGGGGGCCACUGGAAAAAGCCGUACCUUGGAUGAAGUGAACAAAGUGUUGGAUGAUAUAAUCAAAGCCGUGGAAGAUUUGAAGAAGGCGGCCACAAAUUCAAGUGCGAAGCCUAGUGAUGUCAGUGGAAAAGGCGGUAACUUUGAUGAUGUGAACAAAGGGACCACAGAUUCAAGCAGGAAGUCCAGUUACGUUGACGCCAAAAAAGGUAGCAUGUCAAUGAAAUCAACCACGGGAUUCCGUGGUGUCAAGGGAGUUGACGAAGCAAAAGCUGAGCUCGAGGACUUAGUUCACUACCUAAGGAAUCCCAAGCAUUUCACGAGCCUUGGUGGCAAGCUUCCAAAGGGUGUUCUGCUUGCUGGCCCACCAGGCACAGGGAAAACCAUGUUGGCGAGAGCUGUCGCUGACGAAGCUGGCGUCCCAUUCUUUGCGCGCAGCGGCAGCGACUUCGAGGAGAUGUGGGUGGGUGUUGGGCCUAAAAGAGUGAGGGAGCUCUUCAGUGAAGCAAAGAAGCAAUCCCCUUGCAUCAUAUUCAUCGAUGAGAUUGACACCAUCGCUGGGCAAAGGCAAGUAAAUGACAGAAAUGGGGCGAGGGAAACUCUGAACCAGCUGCUCGUUGAGAUGGAUGGCUUCAAGCAGAAUGACGGUAUCAUUGUUCUCGCAGCGACCAACUUCCCACAGUCACUGGAUAAAGCCGUUAUUAGACCCGGGCGUUUUGACCGUCAUGUCAAAGCCAAGGGUGUGGAUCUGAUGAUGAUUGCGAGGGGGACACCAGGAUUCUCAGGUGCAGCCCUUACAAACUUGGUGAACGAGGCUGCUCUGAAGGCUGCCAAGGAUGGGUCGGAAGCUGUUACGAUGGAUCACAUUGAAUAUUCCAAGGACAAGAUCAUGAUGGGCAGCGAGCGCAAAUCGGCGGUGAUACCUGAUAACUGCAGGAACAUGACUGCGUACUACACUGGAGGAAGGGCCCUUGUUGCUAUCCACACGGAUGGCGCUCACCUUAUCUACAAGGCUACCAUUAUCCCGAGGGGAAACUCUCUUGGCAUGGUGAUCCAGAUGCCUGAGGAAGAAGACGCCUAUAAAUUCUCAAGGAAGAAGAUGCUGGCGAAAUUGGACAUCCUCAUGGGCGGCAAGGUAGCCGAGGAGGUUAUAUUUGGAGAGAGCGAGGUGAGCUCUGACGCCCUGUCUGGUCUAAGAGAGGCGACUCAGCUGGCGACAGACAUGGUCACCAAGUAUGGAAUGAGCCAGCGGAUCGGCCCUGUUUGCUACGGCAACAAUGAUGGGAAGCAGACGGCGACCUUGAGUUGGCAAGCGACAGCCCUGGUCGAUGAGGAGGUGAAAGAAUUACUGGUCAAUGCUCGCAAGAACGCGGAAAAUAUUAUCACGGCGCACCGCAAUGAGCUUAAUGUGCUAGCCGACGCCCUUCUCGAGCAUGGAACUCUCACUGGGGACCAGAUCAAACAGUUGGUAAAUGGUCUUAAACUUGGUAAUGCGCAGAAUCAGGAAACACCAUCUUCAUCCGAACCCUAG